AUGGUAGAUGAUUUAGGAGUUGCUGAUGUUGGUUGUUUCGGCAAUGAUUCGCUGAAGACACCAAACAUCGACAAGCUUGCUUUACAAGGUGUAAGACUCACUCAUAGUUUAUCAAGUGAAUCUAUUUGUACUCCAAGUAGAGCAGCGUUUCAUACAGGACGAUAUGCUGUACGGAGUGGUCUUGCUGCCAGACCUAAUCAAGUACGAGUGCUGCAGUACACUAGUACGCCUGGAGGACUUCCUAGGAACGAAACGACGUUCGCUAAAAUACUAGCUAACAGUGGUUAUUCUACUGGCUUAAUUGGUAAAUGGCAUCUUGGUUUGAAUAAGAAAUUUGCUAACGACUUCCAUUAUCACCCAUUAUACCAUGGAUUUCAAUUUUUUUAUGGAGUACCAUUCACAAACUACUUUGCAUGCACAGUACCAUCAUCAAGGUUUACCGUACUUGCUUGGAUACUUUACCUAAUAUUACUGGCAGCAGGUCUUACUUGGACAGCUAGUUGGUUUAUAAGUAAAAAAUCACUGGCAUUCCUUUUGAGUACAAUAGGACUUGUAGCCUUUAUGGUACUUUGUCAAGGAAUAAGGCUUAAAAAUUUAAACACAGCACUAAAAGGGCAAUUUGAUUGCUUUUUAUUGAGGAAUUUUGAAGUUGUUGAACAACCAYAUGUACUGGAAAACCUAACAAUUCGAUUAACUGAUGAAGCUAUAAGAUUUAUCAAGCUAAAACAUGCAUCACCAUUUUUAUUAUUCAUGUCGUACUUAAAGGUUCAUACGCCUCUUUUCACAUCAAAAGCCUUCAGAGGACAUAGUGGACAUAGCUCCUAUGGAGAUAAUGUAGAGGAGAUGGAUUGGAGUGUAGGAGARAUAAUGAAAACUCUUGACCAACUUGGGAUAAGAAACARCACAUUUGUGUAUUUCACAUCMGACCAUGGCCCAGAUUUGGAACAGGUCAUMGAUGGAGAGUACCAUGGAGGAUGGAAGGGCCAUUUCAAAGGGGGAAAAGGACAAAGCUAUGAAGGUGGUAUUAGGGUACCAUCCAUUGCUUCCUGGCCAUCUCACAUACCAGCUGGCAUUGACAUUGCCGAGCCAUCAAUAAGUGUGGACAUGUUUCCAACAAUUCUAAAGAUUGCUGGUGCAACAAUACCAACUGAUCGUAUCAUUGAUGGUAAUGAUAUAAUGCCAUUGCUUAAGCAGAAAGUCCAGUAUUCUCCUACUGAAUUUAUGUAUCAUUAUUGUGCCAUGGAACUUCAUGCUGUACGGUACCGGCCUCGACAUGGAMYAACAACCUGGAAAGCUGUUUUUGUGACCCCAAAGUGGGCUCCGUCAGCUGAUCAUUGUUCUGAUGGCAAUUGUGAAUGCUAUGGUGAUGAUGUACACUAUGAAGAUCCAGUGUUGCUGUUCAACAUUACUGCAGACCCGUCUGAGGACUCUCCUCUAGGACCAAGCGAUCCACAGUACAAGUCUGCCAUGCAGAAUAUCACACAAGCUGUGAGUGACCACAAGCUAGCACUAGCUCCAGUCCCCAAUCAACUGGACAAUAACUUUUGGUAUCCAUGGAGACAAUCAUGCUGCAACUAUCCAUUGUGCUGGUGUAGAGAAACGAGUGGURAUGAUGGAAAUAAACAGAUUUAGAAUASUGCUGGGUCACAGCUGAACGAAAGGCGAUCURAAAUUGAUUGCUGUGUAGAGACAUUACAAAUUGAAUCGAUAAGGUACACUUUAAAUGCAAUUAAAAAUCCAAAUAUAAACAACGGAUUAUAUGGUUUUUAUUCCC